AUGACCACGGAGGACGCUCUCCGGGAGCAGUACAUGGCAUGGUACCUGCACUGCCUUGUGGUGACGCAUCGCACUCAGGAGAUAAUCUUGGCGCUUGGGCGCUACCAUGUCAAGGGGAUGCUUUCUCGCCUAGAGCUUUACACCGUGAAGGAGAUCCUCGUUGCGCUGCCAAAGGAGGUUUUGAAUAAGGAAGGAGGACCCAUAACCAUUGAAAGCGUGCUGGCGGAGCGUUUAAUUAGUGACAUUCAUACUUUCUCGUCCACACCGCCCCGCAUGCGGAAUGCUUCGUCGACAUCUCCUUCUGUGAGUUCGCGCCCUGGAUUUCAUGUACCUAUUGUAACAACGGAUGUUAUCUUGUACGCCCGUAUGGUUGACUACGUCUUGAACAACAUCUGCGCCGCGGGAUCUCGUCCAGAGUAUGAAGCACGGCUCUUAGACCUUCAGACGCUCUUCUCUCUCGCCAAUACGGAUUCCCUCGCAGCGUCGAUAGUGCCCACUAGAGUGCCGAUCGAAUCCGUCAUGGUGGCCGAAAACGAUGAGCGUCGCUCCCGACGGAUAGGGGUUCUGGGCCAUACAAUGCGGCAGGUCAUCAAACAUUUGUGUGUCUACUCUAGAAGUGUUGACCGCAUCACGAUCCCGGCGACAUGGCUCCAAGAGCCUUCCCCUGUGGUUGAUCGGGCCAUUCAGCUCGGCGUCGGGCUCCUCAGCAAGCUUUUGAUGUUGUGCUCGAGUCGUGGGAAUGGGCUCGCGGUUCGGACAGCCGAGCCGAAGUGGCGGCAGCGACUACGUGAGACGACUGCUGUGCGGACGCACAAGUAUCAGCUUUUGCUUUCCGAGCUUCCUCAUGCGGACUUGAGUGUAAUCGUCCAAACGCUGCUCAGUGGCGGCUUUGUUUGCGAAGGAGGAGAGCUGGGGUGGUGUCUGUUGGAUUCUGAGAUGGUGGAUCUUCGAUUCUAUUCGCUCUUCACCCUUGGCCUGCUUUACCAAGCAUUAGGUGCUCUUUUAAAAGACCCAAGACCUGCGCGGUUUACAUGUGAGCAUCGGCCCCGCACGUGUUCUAACGUAUCCAAUUCGAAGAGCAAAGGAGAUGCCAUGAAUGAGGUAAAAGGAAGCAACAUCAAUAGAUACGAUGCCGUGCUCACCCAACUUCGAGUUUUGUAUAAGCGACGUCAGGAGGUGUUUGGGGAGGAGCUGCUUCGCUUCCAACCCAUCACGCCGUACGCGGCAGCACACACCUUAGAGGAGGCCGAUCAUGGUUUUUCUGAAUGUCAAAUCACAGAAAAGCAUCCGACAUCGCUUCUUCCAGGUGUAUCCGUCCCAGGGGGCCACUCAUUGUCCCCUCCCAUGCUUUUGGGAUCUUCUCCUGUUGUGGUUGACGUUGUUUGGAAGCUUGGGGACUGCGGUUCAGCUUAUGAUCCACGGGUACGUCACCUGGUGCAUUGCUUGAGAAACCGCUCCAUGGUAACUCCUGAGGGGAAACUUGUCUUGGACUGCCAGCGCCGCACUUUUGAUGGCUGGGUACUCAAGGGAGAGGCUACCACAACCGCUUGA